UUUCAGGAUUUGUCAUCAUUUCCUAGCACAGCCUCUACAUCACAGGAAGACCAUGAAAGCAUUUCAGGAACCACUUCCUCCAGGAAAUUGAGAGUUACUCUGUUAAGCAGUGAAUGGAGAUCAACAAAAGGAGGCUUGUCAACCAUCAACCGAGAGCUGGCCAUUCAGUUGGCAAAACAUCCCAGCGUGGAGGUCAGCAUUUAUCUUCCUCAGUGCAGUGAGGAGGAUAAACGAGUUGCUGCAUGUCACAGUGUUACUCUCAUUGAAGCAGAAAAAAGGCCAGGUUUAGAACCAGAACUCUGGCUGUCUUGUCUGCCAAAAGACCAUGUUGUGGAUUGUGUGAUAGGACAUGGGGCUGUUCUUGGCCGGCAAGUACAGAUUAUAAAACACCAUCAUCAUUGUAAGUGGAUUCAGGUCGUUCAUACAGCUCCCGAAGAGCUUGGAAUGUACAAAGGAUAUGAAGAGCACAUUUCCAAAGGUGAGAAGAAGCACCAAGUGGAGAUUGAACUCUGUAAAUUGGCUGAUCAAGUUGUAGCGGUUGGACCCAAGCUGGCUGAAGCUUUCUCAGGUUAUCUUCGUCCCUGUGGAAAAGAUCAAGAUGUUCUCAAUCUUACUCCGGGCAUUUUCUCUGAGUUUGCUGAUGUAAAGCAAGCCUCUCAAGAAAGGAGUUCAUUCAGUGUUUUGGUGUUUGGACGUGGCGACAGUGAAGAUUUUCAGCUGAAGGGAUAUGAUAUCGCUGCCCAAGCCAUUGCUGAGUUGAAAGACACGACCUACAAACUUGUGUUUGUUGGGGCAACAAGCGGAGAAGAGGAGAAAGUAGCAGACUUGUUACUUAAGUAUGGCAUUGAUCGCAGUCAACUCAGGGUGCGUCGUUUUAAUGAAAGCAGAGAGAAGUUAGCCCAAUUGUUUUGUGAAGUAGAUCUUGCUAUAAUGCCAUCCCGAACUGAGGGAUUUGGUCUAGCUGCCCUUGAGGCUUUAUCUGCUGGUCUGCCUGUGCUUGUCAGUGGGAACUCUGGUUUUGGAGAGGCUUUGAAGAAAGUUCCUUUUGGUUCGAGCUGUGUGAUAGAGUCAGAAGAUCCUAAAGAAUGGGCCAAUGUAGUCAAAGCUGUCCGCCAGAAAGACAGGGAGAUGCGACUUGGGGAGUCUAAAGUUGUAGGUAGAGCAUAUGCGGAAAAGUACAUCUGGGAGGAACAGUGUGAUAAACUCAUAGAAAGGAUGAAAAUCAUCACUUUAGAAGGUCAGUUAAAUUAGGCACCGUCUAUUUCUUCUUCUGUGUUAUUAGACUUGGGAAACAGGUGUGACAUACACGGCAUUUGCUCAUAAAAAGUUGCAAUGUGGCACUCAUUAACGUUUGAAAGCAUUUUUUGACACACCUCCCGUUUAGACGGAGAACUUUUUAAAGAGUCACGGACAGUUGCAUAUCUGUUUUGACAGAAAUCGCUAAUAAAGUUGCAAAAGAGAUGGGCUUGAGUUCUGAAACAAUGACAAAUACUUUUUGCUGCUCACCAACUCGAGUUCCACCAAAAGGCUAUACGUUUCGGUUAGUAUUGAGGAAUGCUGACAGAAAGGGGGGGAAUCACUUGUCACAAAUGAAAUAUUUAUUAAGAGUGAAGGGCUGUCAUUAAGAGGCGGGGACCGGGGAUUUCCCCUGGCUACUAUGAAUGUGGCCUCCGGCUCUUGUUAGCAGUAAAUACUGUUUUGUAAACAUUUUGGUGUACUUUAACAAAUUAGCGAAUAAUUUUUAAACCGCUCAAUAGAUUUUUUUAAAAAAUUCGAUUCUCGAGAUUAAGCGUCGUUUUAGGAGACCUUUGGGUCGCAAGAUUAUUGAUAUAUUGUACGGCAGUAAAUUAAGGGCUACAAUUCGCCAAUUUUUUAUCUGAAGAUUCGUCUUAACAAGUGAAAGCCUCUCAUUAUUCAAGGGAAUUGUCUCCCAAGUUUCAUUUUCAUGUGAACAGCAGUAAAAGAGCGCCUCGAUACAUACUAAUCAAAUCCUUCUUUCUAGCAAUCGGCUGGAGCUUUUACAUCUCCAUGGGAGGUGUUAAAAUGUUUUGCAUGCGGCGUUGUUUGCGAACGCGAGGAAAGUUGAUGUAGCGAAUUUCAGGUUAAAAAUUAGGUCAUUUCAAGACUCCAACCUCGAAAAUCGACAUUCAAACUUUUAUCGGAUGUCCUGACCGUCGCUCUGAAAAGACUUGUUUUGAGAGCUUCGUGGUGUAAGUACCCAUAAAAUUUGGAAUUAGGAAAGCCGAAACUGCAAAGAAAUGUAGCUAGAAUUUUGCUGCACGAGCACGAGAACAAAUCAUGAAAACAAACCUUUUGCUUCUGUUGUCGUGGUGGUUUUGAAAGCCUGGUUUCCAUACAAUUGUUCGCAUUACCCUCAUCUCAUCGCCUCCAUUUUUGGGCGAUGUAAGUAUAUAUUUAAGUAUCUUCAUCUCAUUGCCUCUAUAUUGUGGGGCAAUAGAGAGGAUGCGGAUGAUUAUAUAAAAACCAGCCUAUAAUCGUAUUUCAGUUUUAUUUAAGGUCGUGUUGUUAGCCUGUGUAGCUUAUUGGAUCAGAAGGAGUUGGCGUUUGGCAUCCUUACUGUGCCUGCGGCUUUGCAGCCCAAACAGGGAAAAAGCACUCAUGGAAUGAAGGAGUAGUCAUGCGAGAUUAACCCCCCCCAGCUACUCAGAUUCCAGAGUUAUUCUAAGGAUUAUCGUUUAACUGCAAACAUAGCAUAUGAGUCGUCAUAGUAACAAACUCUGAUUUGCACGAGUUGUCUUUCGAACUUGCGAUCGUCCAUCUGUAGGAUCGUCUCUGUCGCCUGAAAACGCAUAACAACGAGUUUUCCUUUCCUUUUUGAACCUGCAUGUGGUCCCUAACAAUUCAAUUCACCAUGGGUACAUUUGACAAAUUAAGAGAGAGUUGGAAAUAUCGCGAUGAAUUUGAUGAAUGAAUCCGCGAGGAAGGAACAUGAAUCUAUUUUUGAUUAUUUGUUACUGCUUUCAUCUGUGUGGUUGUUGUAAUAAUCCAAAUGUAAAACUACUUAAAAACGGGAACAGUAAACUUCAUUGUAAAUUUGCCAAACAUGUAAGUCAUAGGACUGUUUUACUUUUUAAAAUAAGAAUGCUUCGUUUGUACAUCUGCAGUUUUCUUUUUUGUUACAAAGUUUAACUUUUCACAUGUAAAUACAACAGAAAGAUGACAAUGGUUUGUCGUAAAAUUGUAGCCCCGGCUUUCAAGAAAUUUCCUUGUAUGUUGUUGUGUCAACGGUUCAUUUUCAGAAAACCGACAGUGAUUUCGCUUAUCUUAAGAAAGUCAUCUGACUUAAAGGUUGAUUUCCAGUGUCGCGUAAUUUUUAGGUGCGUACGUGCGUAAAAUUUACGCGCGUUAAUGAAACGGAGGCAAUGCAUGAAAGGUCGCUCGUAACGGUAAAAGUUGAACCUCGCUCAACUUCUCGUUUAAGCUCAGCACUUUUUAUGUUGCCUCUAUCUUAUUUACGUGAUUAAAAUUUAUGUGCGUUAACGUACGUAGCCAAAAACGCGUCAGUGGAAAUCAACGUUAAGACCGCAGUCAAAGACACAAAGGGUGCGUUCCAUUGGGAUGUUCCGGAUCAGGAUCAGUGACCCGUGAUCUGAGGUCACUCGUUAUCAUAGUGCAUUAAAGGAACCGACGAAUCCACUCUAGGAAAGGAUUCAUCAGUUCACUCCGAGUGAUCUUAGAUCACUGAUCCUGAUCCGUAUCAUACCAAAGGAACGCACCGUUAGUGUCCUUGUUAUAGUGUUUAUGCGGCAAGGUUGGCUCAAUAGUCUACUUUUGAUAUCAUCAUGCUUGAUUUUAAUUGAUCGAAUACGGAAAGUAGGCUAUCGAAGUGGCUUUGAACUCUUUAUUUUUAACACUGGCUAACCUCCGUUCAACUAACUGGCCGUGUGACUUUGGUAAAGAAUGGUGUUACUACUUUUUUGCAGUUCCUAAUAUAGAUGAGCAACAUUCCGAGAAAGCCUCUGUGAUCUGCGAAGAUGAAAAACCCUUUUCUUCUGAGAAACGUCUUCAUAAAGGUAUUCUUGAAUCUUAGAGAUAUUAACAAUAUAUUUAUUGAUUACAAGAGCUAACUGUUUUUGUUUUCAAGUAGGAAAUAUACUGUAGUCUAGAAUGAGCUGGUUGUGUAUUUAAUCCGGAAUAUUGAAAUUACAAGGAAGGCUCAAAGCACUGAACAAGCCUGACUUGUCUAAAAAAGAGUCAAAAUUCUUUAACUCUAUUGCUUCUUCAGUUUUUGAAAAUUCAGACUCGUUUCAGGUUUAUUAGAAAGGUGAAAAAUUCCUUAACUCUGUCACAGGCGAGCUUUGUCAGUUGAAAAUACGGUUGCAUUUAUAUAUACAACAUACACGUUUUACAACUUAAUCAGUGCUCCAUUAUGUACUGUUUGUAUGUGACAGAAGUUAGUAUUUCUCUUUUAAGUGAUGUGCAUCAAGUUUGGUAUUCGUUCGUGCUGAAAUUCGAAUGUUUGAUGCCUUAUUAAAAAUGGAUAUACUUCUGUGCAUUCAUGCGGUUGAUGAAACCUCGAAAUUCCUAAAAUUAACACAAUUUGGGGGCUUGGAAAUGUUGUGAUAUUGCUACGGGCUAUCUACCCUCCAACGAUUUUCUUUGUUAGGAUUAAUUGUCAGCGCAUUCAGCGUUAAGAAUACUUCUCAUUAAAAAAGUUCUGUUGAUUUUUAAAAGGUCUUAGGCUCAGUUAUUUGGGCAAACGCUUAAUGUUAGUUGAUUUAAUUGCAGGCGCAACAAAGAGAUCCAGGUCUUCAACGAAAGGCAAAAGGCCGUUAUCUUCGAGUGCUGUCUCAACUCCAAAACAACCGAGACUAACAAGAUAUGAAGGUAAAGGUUGUUUUUGGUUUAUUUAGAGUACGGGUUAGUAUUUCAUAUACGUAAACUUCCUUGAUUCUUGUAUGGUUUUGUGUCGUUGGUCUUGUGUUCCUAAAAUGCGGUUUCAUAAGCUGCAUAACUUACAUAAUAAAAAUGUGGUGGUUCCUUUUUUACAUUGUCAAAGAUUCAAAAUCUUUUAUUUCGAGCAUCAACCUUAAUAUGGAUUCGCUGACAAAGAGCUUGAGUUCAAAACGCCAGCUUUUCAAUCCUUUUACAAUGCGGAAAAGUUAACUUUAAAAGUCAACUCUGUUGAUUAAACCCAAACUAUCAUGUCUCACCCCGCUUUCCGUUUCCUGGCGGCCUCUCUCUUCGUUUAGCCUUUGGUUCAUUCUUUGCAUUCUUUUACCCCAGUAAAAGUGUGACUUGUUGCCUGGUCCCAUUGCCCACUUAUGUCCAGAAAUGCAUGCAAUGGCGAAACUGGCGAAAAAUCGCCAGCCGCUGGCGAUUUGAAUUGGAUGCCAAAAGUGGCCCCUUGGAAGCUAGCGAUUUUGGCGAAAAUGGCGAUUUUGGCAAAAAUCGCCAGAGGGGUGGUGAUAAUAGCGAUAAACGUCCCAGACCCUUGGAGACUGGCAAUUUUGGCGAAAAUGGCGAUUGUAGCGAAAUUGGCAAUUUUGGCAAAAAUCGCCAGAAAUGCAUGCAAUGACGAAAAUGGCAAAAAAUUGCCAGCCUCUGGCGAUUUGAUACGCCAUUUUUGCCAAAAUCGCCACUUUCCAAAGGGCCCCUUUGCCAUCUCAUUUGAAUUUUUGUUUACAGUUUGGCGAUUUUGGCAAUUAGGCGCCAUUUCUGCCAUUUUCGCCAAUGCGUGCAUUUCUGGACAUAUCUCCCAUUGCCGUGGGGGCUCAUGGCUGGAAGGCGCGGGUUUACCAGCCAAGGGGGGCUUGCUGUAACUUUGUCUAGGGGCUUGCUUUGCUAAAAGGGGAAGCCCCUGGGCAUCCCAGGCACUCGCCUCCACUAAGCUACGCAGUUGUUAAAGAGAGGUGAAAUAUUUCUUAACUCCUUCUCAGGCGAGCUUUGUCCACUGAGUUUUAAGUAAGCUCUGUUCCUGCCUUGUAAAGUUGCCGUGUCACGGUCAGGAGGGGGGAAGCUACUUCCCAUACAUUCUCUUAAAUGAAAUCCAAACGAUGUUCUCACAACUUGCAAAGCGAUCAGCAAGGGUCAUGCCAGCGGAUUUGUGUACUGAUCAUGCGCAUUACGUCAAAAACCAUAGAUCAACGGUCUUGAGAAAAAACAAAAACAUGGCAGUUGAAGGCGGGACUGUUUCUCACUAUUAUAUUUUGGUUCUCUUCCCCCCCCCCCCCCCCCCCCCACCCCCCCCCCCCCCUGGUCACGGUAGUCUAAUCUAUUUGUUUAAUUUUCUCAUUACUAGCUUAAAGGUGGAUUUCCACUGUCGCGUAAUUUAUACGCAACAGCAGAAAUCUAGUAAUUGAUUACGGAUAUACUUUUCUGCAGUUCAGUAAGUGGUUCAUAAAACCUCGAAAUCCCUCAAAGUAAGGACUGUCGGGGGGCCUUGGAAAUGUUUUAGUAUUGCCUGGCUAUCUGUCCUCCAAUAAUUUUCUUUGUUUUUAGCCGUAAGCAGGAUUUCUUAUUAGUGUAUUUAGCUUUAAGAAUAUUUUUUUGUCUAAUAAUCUUUUAUAAAUUACGAAAAUAUCUUCGGCAAAGUUAACUGGACAAAAGUUGUUCCUACGGAUGGCAAGGAUGGACAUGGAUUGAAACUUGAAAAAAUUGGGCCAAUUUUUGUAAACAUUUUAAUGCUAUGCCUUCAGAAAUUAAAAAAAAACUGAUAUUACGUAAUUUCGCGAUUUUGGCAAGACAGUAUUUCGCAGGGUUUUAUUUUCGCGAUUUCACUAGGCAAUUAUAGAAAAAGGCAUUAAAUUUUGCGAUUAAAGCGUUCUCAACCUCAUUUUAUUUUUCAAAAGUCUGAACUUUUUAAAAUAUCGAGAUAAAAUGAAACAAGAAAAACGCAUAUUAACGUUAUUUUACAACAGAAGACAUAGUCAAGGAAUGAGACUUACCAGUUAACCAGCUAAUAAUUUGUCGGUAUUUGAGUAUAUAUUGUAGUUGUUUUAAUUUUUUUUUCUGUGAUUUUAAUUUUCUGUGUGGGUAUUUAAGUUCGCUUGUUUAAAUCUCGCGGGAAUUUUUAUUCGCGGGUCUUUAAUUUCGCGAUUUUUCCACAAUCACGAAUACCGCGAAAUUAAGUGCCAACAAGACGCUACGGAGCGUACACUUCGGCGUCGUGAGUGUGGAACUAAUUAAUUGUAAAUGCGGAGGAAUAGUAAGAAAUCAAAUAUGGCAAGAGUAAGGUGUUAAUUUGUGAAAUUAUGGGAUUUGUCAGGAUAUUCUGAAAAGAGCAACAUCCAAGAGGCCUCCUUGCCAAAAACUAGCAUUUCGGGACAAACUGUCUGCGAGAUAUUAGCCCAGUUAUGCUCUGAUGACUUCAUACAAAUCCUUCUAAAAAUACAAUUCUCUAUUCUUCUUAGUCACAUCAGGCUUCAAAAACAGCAUAGCAGUCUCAAUGUACUGAUUAAAGAUAUGUAAGGCAUGGGUAAGGAAUCAAUUACGUUGAGCAUGGAAUUGGCUAAAACUUAAAGUCACGAGUUCGAAUGUUUUGAGGACAAUUAUUCACUGACUAUCAGCACGCAGGGAUGUCGGAUUAACAAAAGGAAGUUUAACACCAAAGGAACAUAGCCUUUACAGAGCUUUAAAACACGGCAUCCACCAACACAAACUUGACUUGAACUUUGAGUAAAACUAAACAGCCUCUACCAAUAAUAACAAACUCUCACGUGAACUUCAGAUAUCUUACGGCUUCCGCGAACUUGUAAACACAAUACCUGAAAAUCGACCUUCGUCACACUUGACUAACCACAGCAGUCCAGCCCGUGGGAAAAAACUUAGUUCUUCAAAAGAACUAGCUUGAAACUUGUAUACCGUUUGACAUAAGGUUCUAGAAAAUACUGAACAGCAGGCGAAUAGUAGUAGCUUUUCGACAUAUUUUAUGAUUUCAGUAACUGAUGCAAAUCUGCUGACUCAUGCUGAAAUGUAAACAUGCCCUAAUUAAUUAUUCAUGACAAAUCCAAAAACGUAGGGAACGUUCGAGAAAGUCACACAACGCAUGAAAGCAAUUUUAGUACGUAACACUCAACAAAGACAAAAUUUCUUUUUGCAGCGUUUUGUAACUUUAAAUUCAUCAUAAAACAGUUCGAAAGGAGGGCUCACUCGUGAAAUGUUUUUCAACACUCGAAGAGAAAUUUCGUGUCUCUGCGCGGCCACGAAAUAUCCUCUAUUUAUUCCUCGAGUAAUUAAAGACUAAACUCGAAGUGAUCUCAAGAUAUCACGAAGUAGUCCGGUCUCAUUUCGUGAAAUAGUUGAAACAAGCCGAAAAGUCACGAACUUGCACGCCCAAUCUUGUCCCGAAACUAGUGCAUCAUUUCAUAACUAUUUUUCAUAUCCCAAACUACCUUGGGUCGCAGUAGCGCAAUCGGCUAAUCCCUCAACUUAGAGUCUCCUCUGAUCUGACGGGUCACACAGGUGAGUCGGUUCAAACCCCGGGAAAGCCAAAAUAAUAAUUCUUUCUUCCUCGAAAAAGUUUAAGAAUAAAUCAAAGAAAUCGAAGUGAUCUCGAAAUAUCUCGAAUUAAUUCGGGUCUCACUUCGUCAAAUAGCCAAAUAAAACCGAAAACCUACAGACUUUGCAUGCCCAAUCUUGUCAAAAAAUUUUAACUUUGAUACAUUCCUGAGCGUCGCGAAACCUUUACUUCGCGCUCCGCCGAAGUAAUAACUUAGGUAUAUACUCGUGACGUAAUUCCUUUAAUGUUGGUAAUUGAUUAGUUGCAGGUGCCGGCGCAGCAAAGACAGCAAAGAGAUCCAGGUCUUCGAGAAAAGGCAAAAGGCCGUUAUCUUCAUGUGCUGUUCCCGCUCCAAAACAACCGAAACUGUUGAAAGAGGAAGGUAAAGUUCGUUUCUGGGUUAUUUAGAGGAGGGUUAGGAUGGUCUUGUGUCAUCGGUCUCGUUUUUCUAAAAUGCGGCUUCACAAGUUGUAUAGCUUACGAAAUAAGAGUGUGAUAGUACUUCCCGCCGGCUCAACUUGGCUCAUCCCCAUUAUUCUCGCAGCCCUAUCGCCUAAACAGAAGCACUCCUGAAAUAAAGCGUUUCUCUGGGUUACUUUCCUCUGCUGCACAGGGCAGUGGCUUUAUUAUUGGGUCCCCUUUUUCUAGUUUGACAUCACGAGGCUAUAGUUUUGUGGACUCGGUUGCACUUGGAGGAAAUCGUGAGAUUGUCAUGUCCGACACAUUCUCCAAACUUUCAGCGUGCUUCGACUAUGAUAUGAGGUGCAAGUGGAACGAGGCCAAAUUAAGGCUGAGACCCUGGUUAUGCUUUUAUCACGUUACCCUCACUGUAAGAAACUAACUAUUUAGCGGUAGCCUCUAAUCCAUCAGAUCAGCUUCCCACGCAGACCUUCUCAGGGCUUCGUCACACCCUAGGAAAGUCUGCGUGAGAGGCUAGGCUGCUAAAAUCGAACCACAUUCCUUACCCUUUGUAUUUGCGGUGUAAUGAACAAAGCAAUCAUUGGUCAGAAAAUUCAAAAUGACCUUAUCUUAACUCUGUUUUGGAACGCAAAUGGUUCGUACCUUUUUUUGUAAGAAAUGAACCUUAGAAGAGAAAUGUUUUUUGAGAGAGUGUAUGUCACACAGUUUUCACAGUCUUAAAAAUGUAAGCGUUGAUAUUAUUUUCUUUUUCGCCAAAUGUUACCAUUGUCUCGGUGAAGCUUAUUGUGUCACCGAAGGUGUUUUAAUUUAUGUCAUCGAAACUAUUUACUUGUCUAGACAGUAACAUACUUACCUGUAAACUAGUUAUAGCUAUCGCUAAGUGCCAACGAGCAAAGAUUUUACCUAUACGUGAGCGCUGUUGAAUUUGUUUAGAAAUGUCGUGAAACGCUUAACUCGAUUACAUUGAAAAUAGUGCAAACUUAAAGCAAGGGUUACACAUACACCAACCCACGGCCGGUCCAAUACCUCACGUAUGCGCACAGCCAUAUCACGCGGGCAGUGGCAGCCACAGGCAGCUGUUUCGCCCUUAUUGGGACCCACCAGUGCGGCAAAGCCGUUGGUUAAUGAACGGGGAAAACCCGCAUCUCAAAAACCUCUCAAAGAUGAGUGCAAAGCAGUCUGUCAAGCACCAGCUCCACACGGUACAUAUGGGAGCUGUUGGCUAGCAACCGCACAGCAGUUCUACCACGACAUGGGCGGGGAAGGGGGAUCACGAGUAAAGCAAGGGGGACACAUACACCAACCCACGGCCUGGCCAUUACCUCACGCAUGCGCACAGCCAUACCACACGGGCAGUGGCAGCCAUGGACAGCUGUUUCGCUCUUACUAAGGCUCAUCAGAAUGGCAUAGGCGUCGGUCAGUGACCAGGGAAAACCCGUGUAUAAAACACCCUUUCCUGCUGAGGCGAGUCCUUUAAGUGCCAACUCCACACAAACAUGUGGGAGCUGUUGGCUGGGAGCCGUACGGCAGUUCUCCCACGACAUGCGCGGUGAAGGCAGAUCAUGGGUUUAGUGUAUGUGUGCCCUCGUUUUGAUUUGCCUUUUGAAAAUAGUGAACUAAACUGUUUCCUGCAUAAAAAAUUUGAAAUCCGUUCUUAACGCAGCAACUUUUUCAAAUUUUGUUCGCGUUUUUCUUCGAAGUCGCGCGCAAGUCAUUUUGCGUAAAAUUUAGUGGUCUUAUAAGCAAAUUUAGGGCCUGUUUACGUGGAGUAGGGGACCCCGGUCUAGUGGGGUUGGUUUCUUUUGUUUUCACGCUCUGGGGGACACAAAACAAAAGAAACCUACCCCACUAGACCGGGGUCCCCUACUCCAUGUAAACAGGGUCUAAAAAUCCUCGAAAAAUCAUAUUGAAGUCCGCGAAUAUUCAACGUACAGACUUAUAUUUGGUCUCUUUUUAAAGCUAAAAAAAAUAUGGUGCGCCAAUGAAUAUUUUGCUUCAAAGACACGAAAAAUUUCGCUACGUUAUUAUUUUUCUUAGUGGUAUGCAAUAAAAAAUUCCGGCGGGCAAAUGCGACAGAUAUCGCGUAGGAUGGAAAUGAUCCACCCGACAAUUGGUUGAAGACGGGAUGAGCACGGGACUCACAAACACGCACACGGCUCGUGGAUUCUCUGUUCUGUAUCACGUGUUCGCUCGAAAACAAUGCAAUCUCUGUUCUGCAUUACGUCAUGGUUGCCUUACAUUGACUAUUUUCCAAUUGCCCAUAAAACACUCUGUUUGCCCCCCAAAUUUUGCAUAACUUAUUGUCUUAAAAUGCUCUUGGGAAAAUGCAAUACUCCCAGGAGCAUUUAAAAACAAUGGUUUAUGCAGAAUUUGGGGGGCAAACAGAGUGUAUUAUGGGCAAUUGGAAAAUAGAGAAUUAUUCUAUUUACAUCGAUUCGAGAUUUUUUUGCCCCUGGAACAAUCGUGCACCGCUCUAUUAGGCUGCCACCUCGCGUUUUUGCAAGGCUGCUCGUUGGCAACAAAAUAAGGAGAAUUAACGGCCUUUCUCCUAACUGCGGAGAGAAAAGCAUGUCACAGAUUAAAAAUAAUCCGUUUGGAGUGUCAAGUCUUUACGUUUGUGCUUAUUGACAAAUAUUCCCUCACUUUUUUAUUUCCAGCAGGUUUGGACAACUCGGUUGUUGUUGAACUGCUCAAAGCUGAAUACAAAAGGCGCUCCCAGUUAAGACCUCUUCUUUGGGAUAGCACUAUCGAGUUACCCCUAGAGAACGUUUACACGAGACUGAAAAUCAUUUCAAGAGGAAAGUUAGAGAGUGGUAAUGACGAAGUGAACGUGACUCAAAUCUUCAAGAUCCUUGAAAAAGGUAAGGAUGUCAUGACGCUUGUCGAAGGAAGUCCAGGAAUCGGCAAAACAACGUUUUGCCUUAGACUUGCUUAUGACUCUACACAUGGAAAAAUCCCAACAGAGUGUUCCUUUCCCAAGUUUGAAGUUGCGUUGCUUCUGAAAUGUCGAGACAUUGAUGGAAAUAUAAUGGAUACCAUAAGGAAACAACUUCUGCCCAGAGAUAUCGAGGAGAAGAUUGUAGAGAAAUUGUUGUUCUUCUUGAAGGAUAUUCAUAACCAGGAGAGAAUUUUGAUCAUUUUGGAUGGUUUGGAUGAGCUGCCUGAAAAAUCACGGCACCAUGUCGAUGAGCUGCUUCACAGAAGAAUUUUCCCAUUUUGCUAUGUCUUGGCUACGUCACGACAAGAAAGAGGAAUUGAAGUGCGAAAAAACUUUGUAUUUGACAUUCAUUUAGAGAUUAAAGGGUACACGGAAAGUGAUGCUAUUGUGUACGUAAGAAGACACUUCAAAACCAUUGGUCAGUCACCAAAGGGGGAGAGGCUCAUUGAGGAAAUGCAACAGAACACCUUCUUGAAUGCACUCCAAAAUAACCCGUUAAAUUUACUUCUCCUUUGUGUUGUUUAUGAGGACUACGAGGGAAAAUUGCCGACUUCCCGGACGGAACUUUACCAAGUCAUUGUCCGAUGUCUUUUGAGACGAUACUGCGCCAAACGCAACUUGCCAGCUCCUGAAGAUGACAGUGUCCUGGAGAAAACGUUUGAAAAGGAAAUUCUUGCGCUGGGAGAGAUAGCUUGGUUUUGCCUGUUGAAUGAUCGUUAUGGUUUCCGUGAAACUGAAUUGGAUGAGUUUGAAAGGCAAUACCCGGGAUUGGUAGCUCGUGAGCUAGGCCUUCUUUACAAGGAAGAAAGUCUAAAGAGAUUAAAGCCUCAACAUGAGUACUGCUUUCUUCACAAGACCUUCCAAGAGUACGUGGCUGCUGCGUAUAUCGCAGAGAAGUUAGUAAAUCGGCAGUUUAAUGUAUUCGAGGACAUAAGCUUUUUUGACUUGGUAACGAAAUAUCCACAAGUGUUUAUUUUUGUUUCUGGGAUGCUGGGCGAGAAAGCAACUGUCCUAUUCACCCAGAUUGGCGAGGAGUUAAAGAAAAAUGACUGGGACUGGAACUGUUACAACCAUUGCAGUGAGGAGGGAGCUACUUUCUUUAUUGAAAGCUUUAAUGAGAGUGGACAUCCUGAACAAACGGCAGCUUCUCUAUGUAAAAUUAUACCUUUUCCAAAGGUCAUAACCGUUGAGUCAGAUAAAGAUUACAAUGCUUCUUUUGUGGAGGUUUUAAUGGCUUGUAAGAGCUUUUCAAAUCUACAGACACCUGUUGAACUCCAUGCUGAUACAUGUUCUUUGGAGGAAGUAGUGAAUGGCGUAUUGGAUUAUAUAGAAUCCUGUCCGCAGUUGACAAUCGUAAGUGUUGUUUAUGAUGAGGAAUCUUUGAUGUCAUUUGAUAGAGAUCGUCUUUGCAAAUGGUUUUCUGCGACCAAAACUCUAUCAGAGUUUACUCUUAAAGUCAGAUAUUAUUUCAACCCUGCGGAGGGCGACCUGCUGGUUCAAAUUGGACAUGGGUUGGCUUCAUGUCGAACUUUGACAAAAGCGACGUUUUCUUUGUCUGGAUAUGCUUAUAGCGAGGGUUUUUUCAACGCGCUUGAAACUGGAUUGGCACCGCUGACGUCUGUUGGUCUCGAGGUACAUGGCUCAAUGAAGUACACUACGACACCAGCCUUACAAAAUUUUUUGUCAAAUAAAUCCUUGAAUUCUGUUUCUCUUUGUAUUGUUGGAGGCGUGCAGGAUUUGUUAGUAGCUGCUGUUAGUGAAGCACUGGCAAGACAAACAGUUUUAAAAUCUCUUGAUCUUCAUUUUGGUGGACCGCUGAGUUCCUCUAGUGCCAGUUUCCUGGAAAAAGGGCUUAUGGAAAAUAGUUCUUUGAAUUAUAUAAGACUGUGUGUCCACAGUGAGCUCCCUGGUAACUGGCAUUCUGUAGUGGAAAAUCUUCGCUUGGCGAAAAAGUCCCCCGUUUGCUGUUGUAUUUAUCCAAACACCUUUAACAACGUAGUAAAUAAUUAUUUCCAUUCUGUUCUGGUUAGGAAAGGGUUAAAUGUAAAGCAACACUUAACUGUUAACGUCUGGGGUGAGAUGAAAUGCGAAGCGGCAGAAGCUCUCUGUGAAGUCUUGGCACCUUCCUCCAUUACUGUUCUCACCUUAAACGUGCGUGGAAAUUUGACAAGUGAAAUUUCUAAUUCCAUUGCAAGAUGUUUGGAAGAAAACAAAACACUAUCUUCCCUGUCCAUCUAUUUAUGGGGCGAGUUGACAACAGAGGAAGGUAUUGUUCCUUCCAGCCUUUCAAAAAACAGUCGCGUUCAGUUAAAUGUACAUGAUGUGGGUAUAGGCCCAGCUGAGUCGAACAAUGUUCCUGUUAUCCCUACCGAUAACCCUGCUGCAUUGAGAGUUUUUUUCACCAAAGUCAAGGAUAAAAGAAAAGAAAAGGUCAGUCUUACAAUCAAUAACGAUAGUUAUGGUACCACGGAGUGGACAGGUUGUCUCGGUGAUGCUUUGGCAGAAAAUCCAUCUCUGACCACGCUUGAUCUUACAGUCAACAGCUGCGUCGUGGAUGCAGAUUUGGGAGAAAACCUUGGGAAUAGUUUAUUACAAAGCAGUUCUUUAACAUCUCUUAGUCUCACAUUCAACUUCAGUAACAUGAAAGAAGGAUGGGAAUCCAAACUGGGUGAGCGCUUGAUUAAAAUGGCAUCUUUAACUACACUCAGUCUUGAAAUAAACGGCGACGGCGAGUGGAAUCAGAAGGAUAGUUUGAGUCGUACACUCAGAAGCCUUGACUAUGUUAAGGAGAAUCAGGAGAAUGGUUUGAGUCUGACUAAACUGAGUAACGUGCUAGCGGCAAUCAAAUCAUUAUCUUCCCUUUCUGUUGCAAUCCAUAGUGCUAGCAUGUGUUCAUUUUGGGAUGAGGUUGUAGGUGACUGUUUGAUAAAAUGCACGUCACUUAAGAAACUUAGUCUCACAUUUGACGCGGGUGAAUACGUUUAUUGCAGUUUUAAUGGCCUUUGUAACGGCUUGGUGACAACAAGCUCAUUAGAUACAUUAUGUGUCGCAAUUUUUACUAACGGCCCCACUGAUGGGUAUUUGUCAAGUUUGUUUUUUAGUCUUAAUCAAGGUCUGUCAUUAAACUGGUCAGUAAGCACACUGACACUAACAGUAACUGCGGCAGCAGAUGAAACAGGUUAUAUUAGUCAGCUGUUCAAUUUCGAUCAUGGACUGUCAGUGAACACGUCAAUAACUACGUUAAAUGUCACAAUAAAUGAGUAUGGUGAUGGAGAAUCGUUUAUACCCCUGUUUCUACGCCGCUUUGGAGUGUUUAGCGGCUUGGCAAAUAACACAUCAGUUACCACAUUCAAUCUGACACUCAACAGUAGCAGAGACGUGACUGAUGACUGGUCAACAGGCCUUCCCGUCGUCUUGAUGAAAAACAAGUCAUUAACUACUCUGAGAUUAAAAGUGAACAACCAUUGUGCUACAGGUGAAAGUCGUUUACAUGACUUUAGCAAACUUUUAAUAGUAAGCAGAUCAUUAUCCUUACUUGAACUCGAUGUAAGUUUCUAUGGAAAAGAGAGUGGGUGCCAUAAGGUUUUAAUUCAGUAG